UCCUAUCAAGAGCCCUUACGCGCCGGCAUUCCUGAGUGGAGGACUGUCGCUUUAUGCUUCGAGGAAGCGAUUCCAAGUGUUUCUGUCUGAGAUUGCUGCAGAUACACUCUUUCCCUGUGUUGGUGGAUGGUUCUUCGUGACUGUUGUUCUGCCUCUUCAGCUCCAACGCGUACAGAUUGUGCUGUCUCGCCUGAACAUGCCCUAGCUCUAGAACAGAAUCGCGCAACUGAAUCUCCCAAAACACCGCCGAGCCCUCCCAGCCCGAACAGGACGAACUGUCUAUCUGUGUAGGGAAGACGCCUACGCUGACGACCAAAGCUGAGCGGCCCAAACACCGCCUGCCUGGUGCUCUUUAUCGAAUGGACUCGAGGCAACCGCUCCAGUACGAUUUGUCGCUUGCGGCUGGCCACAUCCUCCUUGCCUCCGUCCUCGUAUCACCCAGUGACUUGACAUGCCGGCCACAGGCAUUCGCAUCCUGGGUCUAUCCCCGAGACGGUAUGCGUCGCCGCGUCGUCUUUGGCCGCACACGAUCAGACUUGGCCCGGCGCAGCAUUUCGGCUGCCGUUGCAUCCCGGACGGCGCAGUGCGUGGGCUGGCCGCGGACGAUCCGACGCUGCGAGAGCAUUAGCAGAUGAAGUCACGCGUAUAUUCAUCAUUGCCUGCUCGUUUGUUUUCGUCACAUCUAUAUCAUCAUAGCAAGUAACAUAUAGUAGAUCGAACUGCAAGGAGGCCUCACAGCAUCUAG